GAUUUUAUUCAGUAGGCAGUUUGGACCCAAUGAAGAAUUUCAGGGCACUGAGUACACAUUUGUGAUUAGAUGCGUAAUUGGUGGGUCCUCAGACUUCACCAGCUCAUGGUUUUAAGACAAGGUUCAUUUCUCCUACUAGCUUUCUCUCCUCAAGCAAUUUCUGAGACUCCCUGAAGUAUCCUUGCCUUUCCCACCAAGCCAUUGUAGUGAUUGCUCAACCCCUUUGCCAGCCAUCCUCAGUCCAAAUAGUCCUGAUACCAGAGACCUGGAGUCAUAUUACACCAUCCCUUAACUGGCUUCUUCAGGCUUCUCUGCUCCUGCUAUACCUAUUUGCCACCACACCCCACCCCAUUUUCACCUACUGCUGCUCUUAAUUCCGUAAACACUGCACAGCUAAAACCAACCUGUGGUAUUAAACAAAACUUCAUAGAUACACAGAAAAGCUGAAGAACAGCAGAUAAUGAUUUAUCUUGCUUUACAAGGGGCUAGUCUUAGGGUCAGCUUCAAAUGUGAACUCAGGUCCUUCUACUUCCCAGCAGGUCUCCGGGGCAUUACCCAUUCUUGGGAACCUCUGGGCCUAUAUUAUCUACACUGUGUCUGCCUAGGUUCCCAAUACUCUUGGGCCAAGGAAGAGGAAGAGGAUGUUUCCUUCCCCAAAGCCUAUUUAUUUUCACCUCCAGAAUAAAUGCGUGCAGACUUCUAUUUCCUUCAAGGAAAACUCCACCUACAAAGUAUGACUUGAACUUUACAAGCCAUAUAAAGCAAACAUAGUAGUUAAUAAUAGUACAUUUAGCCAAGCCGGAGGUAAAUCUUAAAUGAUACCAUAUGUAGGAUAUCAACAGUUCAUCUUAAAUCUAUAUUUAAGGGAAAGAAUUUCCCUAGGAUGUAGAAUGUAAUCUAGGUUAGAAUUUCUCUAAUUUUGCAGGGGCACGAUCCUGUUGAGUAUAGACUCAAUUUACAUUUCUAAACAGUAAUGCCACUGAAGCCAAAGGCGAAGUUUCUUAGCCACACUCUUAGACAAGAGAACAGAAAGCCAGCAUACACUCAGAAAGAGUUCAUGAGUUAGGAAUGAAUGCACGUUAAUUUAGAGAGUUUCUUAAGUGUCAAUAUGGUGUCAGACGGAAUCAUUGAAAGAAGUAGGCUUGAACAAAGAAGGCUCUAAACAGGCAGUGUGUUUUACACUGGGUUUUGAUGAAAUGAAGGAAUCCAAAAAUUAUAAAAUAGGUUGGGAAUGGUAUUACACGGUCCGAAAUCUUUAAAGACCAGCCUUUAAAGGUCCCUUCAAGUGGGUCUCCUUCACAUCUCACAUUAAGCAUCCUUCGAGUACUUCUGAAAAGCCACGUUUACCAGGGUGCCUGUGCUUUGUCGUAGCUUCCAAGAAGUCAGCGAGUGAAAGGCCGAUUUCCAAGGUGAUUCGGGAACCACUGACACUCGCAUCGCUCCUGGAAGAGAUGCCCACCAGAACCGCGCCCGGGGAGAGCGCCUUCCGCAACGGGAGGGCUCCGCAGUGGAUUAUCAAAAAGGCCACGGUCGUAGGGUGAACACAGAACCCUCAGUCCUCCCGCCUCGCUCUCUUGAGACUGAGGGGUCCGCAGAGGUCGCCAACCAAAUAAAACCACAUUCCUGCUGCUGCGGGCGUGGGCUCCCGAGUCACGGGUCGGGAGGGUCUGGCCGAAGCCUCCGGCGGCUGCGGAAGCAGGAGAGGGCGUGGUUGCGUCCCCGGGAGACGAGGGAGGCCGGGGAGGGCGGGCCUUGGCCCCGAGUGACGGCGCGGCGGCCCAACCGGCGUGAGAGCGCGGGGCCGGCCUUCCUGCAGCCUCUUCCGCUCUCCGGCUGCAGCGCCUGGGACGGUUGCGGUGGGUCUGGGCGUUGGGAAGUCGUCCAAGAUGAUUAAAAAAUUCGACAAGAAGGACGAGGAGUCUGGUAGUGGCUCAAAUCCUUUCCAGCAUCUGGAGAAGAGUGCUGUUUUACAGGAGGCUCGUAUAUUCAAUGAAACUCCAAUCAAUCCAAGAAGAUGUUUGCAUAUUCUUACGAAAAUUCUUUACUUACUAAACCAGGGUGAACACUUUGGAACAACGGAAGCUACUGAAGCCUUCUUUGCAAUGACGCGAUUGUUUCAAUCUAAUGAUCAAACAUUGAGGAGAAUGUGCUACCUUACCAUCAAAGAAAUGGCUACCAUCUCUGAGGAUGUGAUAAUUGUCACAAGCAGUCUGACUAAAGACAUGACUGGAAAAGAAGAUGUAUACCGAGGCCCGGCCAUCAGGGCUCUCUGCAGAAUCACUGAUGGAACAAUGUUGCAAGCCAUUGAAAGAUACAUGAAGCAGGCCAUUGUGGAUAAAGUUUCCAGUGUAUCCAGUUCAGCACUGGUGUCUUCCUUGCACAUGAUGAAGAUAAGCUAUGAUGUGGUUAAGCGCUGGAUCAAUGAAGCCCAAGAAGCUGCAUCAAGUGAUAAUAUUAUGGUCCAGUACCAUGCAUUGGGAGUCCUGUAUCACCUUAGAAAGAAUGAUCGACUUGCUGUUUCCAAGAUGUUGAAUAAGUUUACUAAAUCUGGUCUCAAGUCACAGUUUGCUUACUGCAUGCUGAUCCGAAUUGCCAGUCGUUUACUGAAAGAAACUGAGGAUGGGUUCGGGGGUGCACAUGCAGGUUUGUCAUACAGCCAUGAAAGUCCACUGUUUGAUUUCAUUGAGAGUUGCUUGCGAAAUAAACAUGAAAUGGUUAUUUAUGAAGCUGCUUCAGCUAUCAUCCAUCUUCCCAACUGCACUGCAAGAGAGUUGGCACCUGCUGUUUCAGUUCUUCAGCUUUUCUGUAGUUCUCCUAAGCCAGCCUUGAGAUAUGCAGCUGUGAGGACCUUGAACAAGGUGGCAAUGAAGCACCCCUCUGCUGUUACUGCCUGCAAUCUGGACUUAGAAAACUUAAUCACAGACUCAAACAGAAGCAUUGCUACCUUAGCCAUUACUACACUCCUCAAAACAGGAAGUGAGAGCAGUGUGGACAGGCUCAUGAAGCAGAUAUCUUCUUUUGUGUCUGAAAUCUCAGAUGAGUUCAAGGUGGUGGUUGUACAGGCAAUUAGUGCUCUCUGUCAGAAAUACCCUCGAAAGCACAGUGUCAUGAUGACUUUCCUCUCCAACAUGCUCCGAGAUGAUGGAGGCUUUGAGUACAAGCGGGCCAUUGUGGACUGCAUAAUCAGCAUUGUGGAAGAGAACCCUGAGAGUAAAGAAGCAGGCCUAGCCCACCUUUGUGAAUUCAUUGAGGACUGUGAACACACUGUUCUGGCUACUAAGAUUCUACACUUGUUGGGCAAAGAGGGCCCUAGAACGCCUGUCCCCUCCAAAUAUAUCCGCUUUAUUUUUAAUAGGGUUGUCCUGGAGAAUGAGGCUGUCAGAGCUGCUGCUGUGAGUGCUUUGGCUAAAUUUGGGGCUCAGAAUGAGAGUCUUCUCCCAAGCAUCCUUGUACUCUUACAGAGGUGUAUGAUGGAUACUGAUGAUGAGGUACGAGACAGAGCUACCUUCUAUCUGAAUGUGCUGCAGCAGAGGCAGAUGGCACUAAAUGCCACAUAUAUCUUUAAUGGUUUGACGGUCUCCGUACCAGGGAUGGAAAAAGCCUUACACCAGUACACGUUGGAGCCUUCAGAAAAACCGUUUGACAUGAAAUCAAUCCCUCUUGCUAUGGCUCCUGUCUUCGAACAGAAAGCAGAAAUCACAUUUGUGGCUACUAAGCCAGAGAAGCUGGCUCCUUCCAGGCAAGACAUUUUCCAAGAACAAUUGGCUGCCAUUCCUGAGUUUCUGAAUAUAGGACCCUUGUUCAAGUCUUCUGAGCCUGUUCAACUUACAGAAGCAGAGACAGAAUAUUUUGUUCGAUGUAUCAAGCACAUGUUUACCAAUCACAUUGUGUUCCAGUUUGACUGCACCAACACUCUCAAUGACCAGCUGCUGGAAAAAGUGACAGUGCAGAUGGAACCAUCAGAUUCCUAUGAAGUGCUGUGUUGUAUCCCAGCCCCCAGCCUUCCUUAUAACCAACCAGGAAUAUGUUACACUCUUGUUCGUUUGCCUGAUGAUGACCCUACAGCAGUUGCAGGCACCUUUAGCUGCACCAUGAAGUUUACAGUCCGGGACUGUGACCCUAACACUGGAGUUCCAGAUGAGGAUGGGUAUGAUGAUGAGUAUGUGCUGGAAGAUCUCGAAGUGACUGUGUCUGACCACAUUCAGAAAGUACUGAAGCCUAACUUUGCUGCUGCUUGGGAAGAGGUGGGAGAUACCUUUGAGAAAGAGGAAACCUUUGCCCUCAGUUCUACCAAAACCCUUGAAGAGGCUGUCAACAAUAUCAUCACAUUUCUGGGCAUGCAGCCAUGUGAGAGGUCCGAUAAAGUACCUGAGAACAAGAAUUCCCAUUCGCUCUAUCUGGCAGGCAUAUUCAGAGGUGGCUAUGAUUUAUUGGUGAGGUCCAGGCUGGCCUUAGCCGAUGGAGUGACCAUGCAAGUGACUGUCAGAAGCAAAGAGAGAACACCUGUAGAUGUUAUCUUAGCUUCUGUUGGAUAAAGGCUUACUGGACAAGAGGAAACUGAUGUACACUUCACGGUCAGUGGGCUUUUAGGCUAGUGGCAUCAGUUUCCCAGAAUCACACUUUUGAAGAUGAAUGACUUUGGAGAAGCAAAUUAAACAUUUGGCCCUGAGCCAGCAGAUCAAGCAGGUGUCUAUCUUUGUGCAUGGGUUUUUUUUUUCUUUUUAUUAUACUUGGUCAGCUUUGGUACGAUAGUGCAGCUUCAGGUGAUCUUGAAAAUCAAAUACUAUCCUAUACUCCAGCUGCUUAACUUCAUUUUAUUCUUUAAUUUAAUGUGUACCUGAAAGCUCCUGGCAAUGCUGGAAAAUUUUUAUCCCAGAGGGGUGGGGGUGAGGGGGAGGGGAAGCCAGAGUCCACUUUUGUCACAAUUCAUUUUUAUUAAUAGAAAAUAAACACUUAUUCCAGUUUCAAAGUUGUUAUACUUGAAGUUGCUAAUUUUAAAAAAUGAAUUUUAAAUAAUCACUUAAUCCUGCUUUGACUAAGACAAUGAAAUGUGGCUU